GUUUAAACGGCAGGUAUAAAACUGACGUGCCCUGACAAUCGUUAGCAGUUUGAACAGUUUUUCAGCAGUUACAUACACGCAGUCAAAAUGAGGGAAAUAGUUCAUGUCCAAGCUGGACAGUGUGGUAAUCAGAUCGGAGCUAAGUUCUGGGAGGUGAUUUCAGAUGAGCACGGAAUCGACCCAACAGGAACAUACCACGGAGAUUCUGAUCUGCAGUUAGAAAGAAUCAACGUUUACUACAACGAAGCAACCGGCGGAAAAUAUGUCCCUCGUGCUAUCCUCGUCGAUUUGGAACCCGGCACAAUGGAUUCCGUUAGAUCUGGACCUUUUGGACAAAUUUUCCGUCCAGACAAUUUUGUUUUUGGUCAAAGUGGCGCCGGUAACAACUGGGCAAAAGGACAUUACACGGAGGGUGCUGAACUUGUAGACUCUGUCCUCGAUGUUGUGCGAAAAGAGGCCGAAAGUUGUGACUGUUUGCAAGGUUUUCAACUGACACAUUCACUAGGUGGGGGUACGGGGUCUGGAAUGGGUACUUUGAUAAUCAGCAAAGUGCGAGAAGAAUACCCAGACAGAAUCAUGAACACAUUUUCCGUCGUGCCAUCGCCAAAGGUGUCCGAUACAGUUGUUGAACCAUACAACGCCACAUUGUCAGUACAUCAGCUUGUUGAGAACACAGAUGAAACAUACUGCAUUGACAAUGAAGCUCUGUAUGACAUCUGCUUCAGAACCCUCAAACUGACCACACCUACUUAUGGUGACUUGAACCAUUUGGUAUCUGCAACAAUGUCUGGUGUGACAACAUGCCUCCGCUUCCCGGGCCAACUGAAUGCAGAUCUUCGCAAGCUUGCUGUCAACAUGGUGCCCUUCCCUCGUCUGCAUUUCUUCAUGCCAGGAUUUGCACCACUUACUUCAAGAGGCAGCCAACAGUACAGAGCCCUUACUGUUCCUGAGCUCACUCAGCAGAUGUUCGACGCUAAGAACAUGAUGGCUGCCUGUGAUCCACGACAUGGCCGCUACCUCACAGUUGCUGCAAUCUUCCGUGGCCGCAUGUCCAUGAAGGAGGUCGAUGAACAGAUGCUGAACGUCCAGAACAAGAAUAGCAGCUACUUUGUAGAAUGGAUCCCAAACAACGUGAAGACCGCUGUCUGUGACAUCCCACCACGUGGUCUCAAGAUGUCUGCCACUUUCGUUGGCAACAGCACUGCCAUCCAGGAGUUGUUCAAGCGCAUCUCUGAGCAGUUCACAGCUAUGUUCAGGAGAAAGGCUUUCCUCCAUUGGUACACAGGUGAGGGAAUGGAUGAGAUGGAGUUCACAGAGGCCGAAUCCAACAUGAAUGACUUGGUGUCUGAGUACCAGCAGUACCAGGAUGCAACUGCCGAAGAGGAGGGAGAGUUUGAUGAGGAGGAGGCUGAAGAGGAGGGAUAAAUAACUUGUGAGCUGACCAGUUAGCAUGGUUACUUAACCAUUUGAACAUUUGCUAACUGUAUGUCAUUUCAAACAUUGUAUUCUGAAAAUUUUGGUUUAAAUUUGUUAAAUCAAUUCCAUGGGCUUGUCAUGAUCAAUACUUUUCGUUCUUAUUUGAGAUAUUUCUGAAAACAAAAUACAUCAGGUAAAUUCUCCAGCACUUUUGGCAUAUCAUGUAAGAUGCUUAUUUUGGUAUCAUACCUUAAAAAUCAGAUCACUGUUCCAUUAAUUUGUCAAAUAUUGUUUUUAAGUGCCAAUCAGUUUUCACCCUUUUCAUAAUAUUUUCAAUAUUUCUGAAAGAUAGUAAGUAAACAUUUGACAAUAGGGCAUUGUCAUUUAACCUAGUCUGAAACUGAUAUUUUGAAUUAUCAUUCCAUAACUUUUAAAGGGUACAUAUUGUUAUCAUAUUUAUCACAACUGUUAAACUAUUCCAACUGCUCUUCCAUAUAAAACGUCAAUAUCUGAAAUAUUUUCCAACUUUUACUAUUUCAUUUACCAAAAGAUUAUAUGGAAAUAAAAGAACAAAUCUGA